AUCCUUUUCCACGAGUGCAGUUUUUCCUUCUAUUGCUAGUCACCAAAACUCUCACCACCCAACAAUGCAUUCGACAUCUCGUCGACAUYUCGCAUCCAACACGGCUUCGUCUGAUACUGCGCAAGAUCACACCAACAAGAAAAAAGAAAAAACAAUUGCAACGAAGGACUUUCGUUACUGCGUCGAUUUGGUGCAGAAUAGAGACCGGGAAUCGUAUCUUUGUGGGCUUUUGAUGCCGUCCAAUGCGAGAAAAGCUUUCUUUGCCAUCCGGGCCUGGAACGUGGAGUUGGCGUCCAUCAAAGACGGUAGCUCCCCCAAAAAAAUGGUACGAGAGGCGGGCCCUAAUGUUGCCCUACAGGUACGAAUUCAAUGGUGGUGGGAUGCCCUGAGUCGAAUAUACGAUGAUCCACAACAAGAACAACCGAGCAAAAAAGUCAAUGAUAGUGAUUAUGCUCCUUUCUCGGUAUCCAACACACUGGCUGAAUCGUAUUUCAAGAAUCCCAUUGUCAGGGUUAUGAAUCACGCUGUUCAUGAAAAGCAAUUGACGAGACGUUUUCUUGAACGAUUGUCGGAAGCACGAGAGUCAGAUUUACAUAGUAAGCAACCGGAAACAACGACCGAUAUGAUCGAACAUGCCGACAGUAUAUUUUCCAGCUUGCUCUAUUUGACGCUCGAGACACUUGACGUCCGAGAUGAAUCUGUAGAUAUUGUUGCACAACAUGCAGGAAUUGGCAUUGGUUUGGUGACGGCACUACGAGGGAUUCGUUUCCGAUUAAUCCGAGAAGAAUGCUCGAUCCCCAAAGACUUCCUUCCAAAAGACUUUCCGUACGAUAAAUUAAUCUUCACCAACAACAGUAUCAUUGCCGAUGAAAGCGACGACGAGGAAAACGCGACAGAAAGAGCGAAAMACAUGGAAAAUCUUUUGRAUGAGGAAGAACGGCAACUGCUCAGAGAUGCAGUUGAGCAAGUUUGCAUCCUUGCGUAUUCCCAUCUAUCACAAGCUCAACAACUACAGAGUAAUGUUCCGAAACACGCCCGAACCUGUUUUCUUCCAGUGAUUCCUGCUAUGCAUUACUUGUCAAAAUUGCAAAAAGCCGACUACGACAUCUUUGAUGAGAAAUUGCUAGAACAUGACAACAUGACAAUCUUAGCAUUGCUGGGAAGGACGUGGUUGACCGGAGUUUUUUAGUCUCAUUUUGUCUAUCCUUGUAGCUAGUAAAUAAUAGAUGUCGGUUAGAACAAAAAGGUGCUAUCUGGAUACAACAUUGCUUAGUAUACCAGUAAGGUGUAGGAAACAGGUAAAAGCAAAUAGACUUCAUUCACAACA